AUGGAGAUCGUGCGAUCCAAUCGGAAGUCUACUGCGGCAGCAGCAGAUUCGGUCCCCGCGUUGUCGCUCUAUCGCUCUGCUCCCUCCCUGGAGGUGCGACUCGAGGAGUUCGAACUUUAUGCUAUUGACCGGCUUCGAGGUACAAUCUUACUGCCUUAUCUCUGUUUGACGAAUCUCGGUUUUUUUCUGGAAGCAGGGAUCCGGGUUUUUCCGAGUUAUCCUAGUUCCUUAGGGUUAAAUGGAUCGCGAUCAAUUGCCCUUUUAUCUGAAUCUGAAGUGAUUUUUUUCUUAAUUCCCUUGUUCGGUUCAGUGCUUAAAGGGAUUUCUGACGGGUUAUCGCGUGGAAAGAAACCCGACGAAAUGGAAAAAUUGGUAAGCUACCAGUUAGUGUGACGACGAAUGAUGUUCUCCCAGAAUGCCGUUCUUGCGGUCUUAUCGCUGUUUAAUGCAGGUGAGUGAGCUUUGGCGAGUGAACAUGAGGCAUCAAGAUGCCAAUGAAGUGAUGAAUAAGGACAUAAUUUCGCAUUUUGUGCUUCGUCUCGUGUAUUGUAGAACGUAAUACCUCAUUCACCUUACCUAUGACUUUUCUCCGUUCGCCGUUAUUUAUUUAUUUUAACAAAGAAUUAUGUUGACUUUGGUUUCCUAGUGAAGACCUGAGGAAAUGGUUUCUUUCCAUGGAAACCACGCUUUUCCGAUAUCGCUUUCGUCUGGAAGGCUCAGAAUCGCAGGUGAGACGACGUUGUCUCCUGAUAAAUCUUUUUGAAUGCUUGUUUCUAACAAAUCAAUAUCUUGGAUAUCUAGAGGGCGCUUAUGACCGAUUUUAACCUUCCUUACAAACCACUCAGUCAUGCCGAGUAUGAGGUUAGUUCAUAGAGGAGAUCAUGUGUUCAUUUGAACCUGUUAUAGACGCUUAUGAUCUUCGAUUUACAAACCAUUAUUUCCUUGUUUUUAUUUGACAGGGUGUGAAGGAAGAGCUUAGCCAGGUUGCACGCUCAAUUGGCCUGCCUCACAACGGUACUCAGUUAAAAUGUCGACUCAUUACCAAAAAAAAAUUCUAGUACGUUUACCUAUAUAUUCAUUGUUGUAUCUGAAGGACUGCAUUUAUUGCAUGUUGUCUCAACAAGUCGGCUCAACCAGCCACCCAAUGACCAUCGCUACCGGAUUUCUUGCAAAAGAAAUUAUAAUUUUCAAUUUCUUUGAUAAAAUUUCCAUUCCUCAUGCACUCUUCUACAUUUCAAGAUGCAUUACCCAAUUGCUAAGUUUUUGUUUAUUUUAUUUAUUUUCAGUAUUAAUUUAGUCACUAGCAUGAAUUAGGAAACCUAACUAAUUGUUACGUCGCAAAAUACCAGGAUAAGAUAAAAGAAAUGAACGGUGAAAUAAUAUCAUUUAGGCCCCUACGGCAUAUCUUAGCAAAUACCCACGGCAAGUACACGAAAAGUGAAGUAUACCGCUGAUCAUCUCAAUUUAAACAGUCGAGUUUAAUGGAAAGAGUUUGCCAUACCAUAACUUGUUUAUAAUCAAAGCUCUGAAAUAUGGGAUCUUUGACUUAUUUUGUUGAUUUCGUGUUUCAAUGAUAGCACUCCAGAUCUACUUGACUUCUAACAAUGUGCUACAUUAUUGUGGCCAAAUUCUCCUUCUCGCUUUCUGGAUUAACAACCUCUCACUGAUGUCUGGGACCCGUGCACACUAUUCUCUCCACUGGAGGAUCUCUCGAGACAAUAAAAUAGCCUGAUGAAUGUUCCCGGGUUGAUAUGGUUGAUUACUCAGGCUCGAACUUCGUCAUGACAACAUACAUUCAAUCCUCUUGUGAUUUUUUUUGGGACUAGAGUUUCGUCCUGGGCUUUCAUAAAUAAAGAUGAAAAAGCAUAAUUAGGUGUACUUCUCGGAACUUUAAAGUGUCGUUAUUCAUGCUUCCAGAUUUUUUAGAUUGUUUUUUGGCGCUAGAAACCCCCCUGAAAGAUGAUGCCGCAGGGAAAAUGCCAUCAGUGGUACUGGGAUUUGCUAAUUCAUUGUAAGUUCUGACCAUGGGUUUUACAUUUUUUCCGUAAUGAAACAUCUCCACUAUGUUUGAUAGAAGAUCUGCGAUGCAGACUAUGCAAGUUUAUUCCAAUAUCUAAACAUUUUCCAAUAGGAGAAAACCUUUGAACUGUAAAUAUAAGUGACUGACGUAAAUAUUUCGUUAAUCCGGAAAAUCUAGUCAUUGUAAGUACUUCUUUGAACUGAUUAUUUCGUUAGACUGACGUCAAUAUUUCUCCUCUCUCCUUGCUUUGCAGCUGAUUCUAUGUUCUUUAAGGUCAGUUACUUAUACCUUGUGCCUUUCAUCUUUAUACAAUUUUAAGGUUAGCUGAUACAUUGUUUUAACUGUCUCCUUUCUACAGGUACAUUUCGAGGAGGUUCCAGAGCUGGUUGCCACUCGAAAGGUAUUUAUUCAAAAGGGUUAUGCUUAUGUCGCUAUGAACCAGGUAUGCGUUUGAGCAACUUCUCUAUCGCUGGUCAUUUUUCUUGUUUUUUUUUCUCCCUUUGAAGAUAUUCAGUUUUUUUAUAUUUUAUUUCAAUAGGUGGCAUCCCUUGUUGUGACACAAUUCCGUAGCCAUCUCUCAAAGGCCCUAGUACUUACAAACAGGUCAUAAAUGUUCUUUGAUUUAUUGUUAAUUUGGAUUGUCCUUCCGCUUAUUUGGCUAGAAGUGUUAUCUAGAGUUCAUUGCCUUACAAGUUCUUGUCAUUUCGACUGUUGUUAUGGAAAAAAAAAAAAUAGUGUGAUGGGACAUCCAUGCGAACUGAAUUAUAAUUUUAUCAGGUUUCAAUCUUAAAAAACUGCAACCUUAUAUUUUUCAAAUUUGACAGAAAUCGGUGGACUUGGUCAGUUUUUCUAGAAUGGAUGUCAUUACGACAGCUCGGCUGUCCUACUGUGUCAUUCGAGAGAACACUCGUGUUGCCUGCAUGAAAAAAUUCCUCUAUCAAAAUCAAUCAUAUCUGUUCCCCUAACUCCAAAACUACGAAUCAAAUUUUAGAACUGUCUAUGGCUUUGAACUUUUUUAAAUGCGUGCGAAUAAUUACAAUGCUAAAAUCGAAUGUCUACUAUAGUUAUUCGGGCAAGAAGAAUGAUGUGCCCGACAGAAGUUCUCUGGUAAAAAGCCGCAACUUGUCAAUCUCAUGUGUAGAGAGAAAAAUCUAGUCCCUUGACGAAAUCACAGAACAAAUACUGCAUGCGGGUUCUCUCUCUGGGAAUGCAAACAAUAGGACAUUGAGUUGACUUAAAUCUGUAUGCGUCACCCCUGUCUUCGAAAUUUUGCCGAGCUUCAAUCAUUGACGUCUGUGAAUGAUCAGAGUCGUCGAGGUCAACAUGCUUAAGAUGAAAUCAUCACGAUCUGAUGAUCAGUAGAUCCUGGCAUAAUCAUGACUGGAAGGAAGCUUCCACUGAGAAAUGAGGAAGCAGAGAAGUCGUCAAAAUGGCUCAUGGAAUAUUCUCGAAAGUACUUCGUUUGUAAGACAUCUGUAGUAUAUAACCCCAGAGCUACAAGAAGAGCAUGUUUAGGAAGGAGCGCUUAGCCGAAGAGGCCUAUGAUGGUAUUCUCAUUUGUCAAAGACAUUAAGACUUGAGAAGAACUUAAGACUGCGGUGUGAUCAGGCAGAUGACUCUUGAGAAAGUCCCCUAUACAUGCCCUUCACCUUAGAGUGAACCAUGAUGGUAAAUAACACGUAUCUUUCUAUGUUUAGAAAGGGAUUAUAAACUGCUGAGGAUUCGAUAUUUCAUACCAGAAAAUUCAUCAUAUACAAAGUUUGCAGGAAGUGGAUGUCUUCGAUUAGAGACCAAGAGAAGGAUCGUCUGACUCCUGUGAGUUCAACACAACUCUUUCUACGGUCCAUUCCCUGUAUUUACCUCUCAAUACAACCUUGAUGAUUUCUCUGUAACUCACCCAUUAUCAUCAGAUUGUAGAGGCAAUGAGCUCGAGCUACCUGGGUCCGGACUACUCUCAGGUAUCUCGGUCGAGCUUCCAAGACUAUGCAUGAUUUACUGUGAAAAACUAGAGCCAUUCACGGUGUUCAAAACUUGUGAUUUUAGCCCAAGGAAUCUACUGAGAUAUCGCUCAAGGACAUUGAUCAGGUGGCCAACAGCUCCUUUCCCCUAUGCAUGCGUCACCUGUUUGAGAAGGUGAAGGAUCUCGACACACAUCGCAGCAUCACCCUUCUUCCUUUCCUCCCCUACCUACGUCUGAUCAUCUUUUCUCUGAUUCUAAACGUACAGCUGAGAGAAACCCACCACCUGAAGCAUGGGGGGAGGAUGCAACUGGGGCUGUUCCUCAAGGUGCCGGAACCCUUCUGUACUUUGUCUAAUUCUCUCAUCUUCCCAAGAACAUUAAUGAGCUGAGCAACGAUCAGCGAGCUCCAGGGUACUAUUAUUCUAGAAACCAUGGUGUUCUUGCGUCUCUUAGGGGGCCCUGAUUUCUCUGCAGGGUGUUGGCUUGAGCCUGGACGAUGCCCUCGCGUUUUGGAGGGCGGAGUUCUCACAGAAUGUAAGCCUGUUUGACCUUCCAAGAACCGUUUUUCUCGUCUUUUUCUUUUAAAAAGUCAACCGCCCAUCAGUGUUCUUCGACUGUCAGGUCGGCUCGGAGAGGUUCGACAAGGAGUACGCAUACAGCAUACGCCACAACUACGGAAAAGAGGGGAAGAGGACGGUGGGCACCCCUCUUCGUUGACCCUCCCCACCCCUUAGAGAAAUAAUCAUAUAACCAUAGUUUUCUUCUUUAUUUUCCAGGAUUAUACACCGUAUUCAUGCCAGAAGAUAAUCUCGUCAACCCCGGGCACCGGCGAUCACCACGGCUGCCCAUAUCGCAAUUUCAGGUCUUCUUUUUCUUCUCCUUCUUCUUCUUCUUCUUCUUCUUCUUCUUCUUCUUCGUCUUAAUGCCCUGUUUAUUUGCAGUGAGGAGAAUCUGAGGGCGGCCCUGAGGAGGAUGGGAGUGGGGGAGCGCCCGAUGGAAGAGGUGAUGGAGAGGGUCCGGAAUCGGCACUACCAGGCAUGCAUCUGGGUCGUCGACCCUCCUCCCUUCUCCGUUGACUUUUUUUUCCCCCUAAUGAGAGACGUGCGUGGGGAUGCUCCAGUUGGCGUGCACGCUGACCUUUGAGGCCGUCCACGGCACUUCCUGCGACUCCGGAGUCAACCACCCCAACCAGUACCUCUCCCUCAGCCAGAGGGCCAUGCAGUCGAAAGUGAGAGGCUCGAGCUGCCCACUUACUAUUUCCGCCGUCAUCGGUGAUCCUUGCGUUGACUUGGGACCCACCCACCAACCCACCUCCCCUUCUGUAGGAUAG